UGUCACAUUGUUCUGGAAGUGUCUCUAAGGUGCAGUUGGUCAUAGUUGCAGAGAUGGUUGUUGCUAAUCCAAGCAGGGCAGAUGACUUGGAGAGCAAUCUGGCAGAGUUACCACAGGACUCUGUAGCAGAAAUGGAUCUGUCUGCCUCUUAUAGAUCUAAAACUUCGGAGUACACCUGUUCUGGUGAAGAACAGACAGUGAAAGCAGGUCUCUCUGCACCUUUUCUGGCUGAAAGCUCAUCAAGUGGUGUAUCGAAAGUUGUAGAGGUAGCAGGUCCAAGAGAAGAAGGCCAGCCUCUUUGGAUGAAAACAGAAGUGGGCUACAAGAUGGGCACCUGGAGGCAGUUUCAACUUCUACUAUGGAAGAAUUACCUUUUACAGAAACGUCAGAUUUUGGUCACUAUCGUAGAGAUUUCACUCCCAUUGGUGUUUGCUGCUAUUCUUAUUGUUCUGCGUCAACGAGUAGAGUCUGAGAAUUAUCCCAAUGCCACCUUGUAUUCCACCUUCAGUGUGGAUGAGCUUCCUCUUCAUCAGCAUGCACAUGACAAGUGGCAGUUUGUUUACAUCCCUUCUAAUGUAAGCUCAGUGGAAAGCCUGGCAAAAACUGUGGCAAAGGAAUUAGACUUCACAGUGCAAGGAUUUCAGACUGAGGCAGCAUUUGAGAAGUACAUAAAGCACGGCAAUAGUUCAAAUGUGCUGGCAGCACUUGUUAUUGAUCAUCAUUUCACCCAUCCGGAGGAGCCUCUUCCUUUACAGAUGAAAUACAAACUGCGUUUCAAGUACAGCCCCCGAAAUGCUCCGAAGAGUGAACAGACUGGACUGAAUCCUAACUUGGAUAGAGACUGGCACACUCGUUACCUGUUUCCACUCUUCCAGUUACCUGGGCCAAGAGAGACUAAUGAUAGACAUGGUGGUACUCCAGGAUAUUAUCGUGAAGGGUUCUUGACAGUGCAGCACAGAGUGGACAAGGCUAUCAUCUCACAUCUUGGCAAUGACUCAGCUAAGCAGAAGUUACGGAAGGUUACAGUGGUGAUGAGACGCUUUCCUUACCCUCCCUAUAUAAAUGACUUUUUUAUCUUGGCUAUUCAAAACCAGCUGCCACUUCUCCUCAUGUUGAGCUUCACAUACACUUCUCUAAACAUUGUCCGUGCCAUUGUUCAUGAGAAGGAACGCAAACUGAAGGAGUAUAUGCGGAUGAUGGGACUCAGUAACUGGUUACACUGGACGGCCUGGUUUCUCAUGUUCUUCCUGUUUCUCCUCAUCUCGCUACUUUUUGUCACUGUACUCUUCUGUGUUGAGGUCAGUAAGCAUGGAGCUGUAUUAACAAACAGUGAUCCGACUUUGAUAUUUGUCUACCUGGUGGUGUUUUCUGUCUCUAGCAUCUCUUUCAGUUUCAUGGUCAGCACUUUCUUCUCUCGAGCGAAUGUGGCAGCUGCAGCUGGAGGCUUCCUAUACUUCUUCUCAUACAUUCCUUAUUUUUUCAUAUCGCUCCGCUAUGAUCUAAUGUCGCAUGCACAGAAGGUGGCAUCAUGCCUGAUCUCCAAUGUUGGCAUGGCAAUGGGAGCACAGCUGAUUGGCAUGUUUGAAGGAAAAGGAACUGGCUUGCAGUGGUCAUAUCUGAUGACACCCGUCAGCGUGGAUGAUAACUUCACCAUGGCACAAGUGCUGGGAAUGUUGUUACUUGAUUCUCUUCUUUAUGGUUUGGUGGCCUGGUAUGUAGAGGCAGUGUUUCCUGGGGAGUUUGGAGUUCCACAGCCAUGGUAUUUCUUUAUUUUGCCCUCAUACUGGUGUGGAACUCAGCGAACCAUUCUGCUUGAAGAGAAGGAGGAAGAGGAAGAUCCUGAGAAAGCACUAAAGAGUGAAUUCAUAGAGGAAGAGCCUGCUGGUUUGGUUUCCGGAAUCAAAAUCAAACAUCUAACAAAAGCUUUUAAAGUGGGCAGCCAGAGGAAAGAAGCAGUGAAGAACCUAACCCUUAAUAUGUACGAGGGACAGAUUACAGUACUGUUGGGCCACAAUGGAGCUGGAAAAACGACCACACUGUCUAUACUAACAGGUUUGUAUCCUCCAACAAGUGGCAGAGCUUACAUUAAUGGCUAUGGGAUCUCCCAUGACAUGGUUCUCAUUCGAAAAAGCCUGGGACUGUGUCCACAGCAUGAUGUGCUUUUUGACAACAUGACAGUGGAGGAGCAUCUUUACUUCUAUGCUGGGUUAAAAGGAUAUCCAAAAGGGAAAGUUCCAGAUGAAAUUGACCGUAUCCUUCUAAUCCUUGGUCUGGAGGAUAAGCGGAGAUCAAAAGCCAAAACUCUUUCUGGAGGGAUGAAAAGAAAACUGUCUAUUGGAAUAGCCCUUAUUGGCGACUCAAAAGUUGUGAUGCUGGAUGAACCAACAUCAGGCAUGGACCCAGCAGCCAGGAGGGCCACCUGGGAUCUACUUCAGCAGCAGAAAGCAGGUCGUACAAUCCUACUAACCACUCACUUCAUGGAUGAAGCUGAUCUUCUUGGGGAUCGCAUAGCCAUCAUGGCCAAUGGAGAGCUACAGUGCUGUGGAUCUUCUCUGUUCCUGAAAGGCAAAUAUGGAGCGGGAUACCAUAUGGUGAUUGUGAAGAAUGCUCACUGUGAUGUGGAUGCAGUAACACAGCUCAUAACUCAUUAUGUGCCAAAUGCAAGCUUGGAGAGCAAUGCUGGUGCAGAAUUGUCAUACAUCCUACCCAAAGAGAGCACACACAGGUUCCAGGCUUUGUUCAGUGAGUUGGAGAUAAGAAGAGAUGCACUGGGCAUUUCCAGUUAUGGAGCUUCAGUAACUACAAUGGAGGAGGUUUUUCUUAGGGUUGGAAAGCUUGUGGAUUCAAGUAUAGAUGUAGAAGCAAGUCAGUUACCUGCUCUCCAGUAUCAACAUGAGAGGCGAUUUGGAGACUGGGGCAGUGAAGAUGGUGCCAGUCUGAGUGGGAUGACUGAUAUGACGGAUGACAGUGGUGCACUAAUAUCUGAGGACUGUUCUAAUAUUAAACUCAACACAGGGGUCUACCUACACUUCCAGCAGUUCUAUGCCAUGUUCAUGAAGAGAGCUACAUAUAACUGGCGCAACUGGAAGGUGGUAGUUGCCCAAUUCUUAGUGCCUCUUAUCUUUACUGCCUUCGCCCUUAUUGUUGCAAGGACUUUCCCUGGCCCUCAGGACUCUCCACCAUUGCAGUUGACAUUAGAUAAGUAUGGAGAAACGCAGGUUCCUUUCUCUGUCAGCUCACAACCAUCGGGUUUGGCACAGAACCUGGCUCAGAGAUAUACCAAGGUGGUAACAGCACAGCUUGGAGAGCCAGUCAAUGUAACUGAUAAACUAAUGAAAUACUUGGUUACACAAGCAACAGCGGAGGGGGGAUCUUUCAGUGAACAUUGUGUGACAGCUGCAGCAUUUCAUGAUGGUCUCUAUCAAGAUGUAACUGUGACAGCCAUCUUCAAUAACCAGGGGUAUCACACAGCUGCCAGUGCCUUGAUGUUAGUAGACGAUGCCCUGCUUAAGUUUCUUGUAGGACCUAAUGCCUCUAUCUCCAUUACUAAUCACCCCCAGCCACGGAAUGUCACUGAAACUGGAAAAGAUGAAUUACGAGAAAGUCAGACUGGAUUUGCAAUUGCCAUUAAUCUGAUGUAUGGUAUGGCGUCACUGGCCAGCUCAUUUGCCUUGCUCCUGGUCACCGAGAGAGCCAUAAAAUCCAAGCAUAUCCAGUGCGUCAGUGGUGUCUACAUGGCAAACUUCUGGUUUUCAGCACUUUUGUGGGAUCUAAUUAACUUCCUUUUCCCUUGUGUGUUGAUGCUGGUAAUAUUCUGUGCAUUCAAUGUAAAAGCUUUCACAGAGAACAACCAUCUGGCUGAUGUAAUGGUGAUAUUACUCCUGUAUGGGUGGGCAGUCAUCCCUCUCAUGUAUCUGUUGAGUUUCUGCUUCUCCGUGGCAGCUACUGCCUACACCAGACUUACAAUCUUCAACAUCCUAACAGGCACUGCCACCUUCCUUGCUGUCACCAUCAUGAGCAUUCCAGCACUUGGCAUGGUGGACCUUUCAAAAACAUUGGACAAAGUGUUCCUUAUACUUCCGAAUUACUGCUUGGGGCAGUCACUUAGUGAUUUCUACCAGAACUAUGAGUUUACGAAAUUCUGUACCUCGUCUUUUGAAGCUGUACUGGUCUGUAAAGUGCUAAAUAUCACCUACCAAGAAAACUACUUUUCCUUGAAUUCACCAGGAGUUGGAAUUUACCUGAUCAGCAUGGCUGCACAGGGUUUUGUGUUCCUUGUUUUUGUCUUCCUUUUUGAGCUUAAUAUUAUGAAUGACCUUAAAAAGCUUUUCUUUAUCAGCUGCAAGAAGCACAAGUGGAUUCUGUUACUGGAUGAUGCAGCAGUGGCAUCAGAGGACAGAGAUGUUGCUGAUGAGAAGAAGCGAGUGAUGGAAGUUGCACCCACUGUGAUACCAUCCUUAGGAAGUCCUCUUUUAAUUAAAGAACUUACAAAGGUGUAUGACAUCAGUGAGCCACUCUUGGCUGUAGACAGGAUCUGCCUUACUGUGGACAAAGGAGAGUGCUUUGGCUUACUUGGCUUUAAUGGAGCUGGGAAGACCACCACAUUCAAGAUGCUAACUGGUGAUGAGACUGUAACAGCAGGUGAUGCCUUUGUGGAUGGUUACAGCAUUCUCAGCUAUAUUAAAAAGUGGUGGUAACAAGAGGAAGCUGAGUGCUGGAGUGGCUUUGAUUGGUGGACCGUCCGUGAUCUUCUUAGAUGAACCAUCUACUGGAAUGGAUCCAGUAGCUAGGCGACUGUUGUGGGAUGCAGUGAGUAGGACACGAGAGUGUGGCAAAGCAGUCAUCAUUACCUCACACAGUAUGGAGGAGUGUGAAGCCCUCUGCACCAGGCUUGCCAUCAUGGUAAAUGGACAAUUCAAGUGUCUGGGUAGCCCACAACAUCUAAAGAGCAAGUUUGGCAGCGGCUACACCCUACUUGCUAAAGUUGGGGCAGAUACCAUGGAACAAGAACUGCAGGCCUUUAAAGAGUUUGUUGAAAGUACAUUUCCUGGUAGCAUACUGAAGCAUGAGCAUCAAGGAAUGGUACAGUAUCACCUGACUAGCAAAAACCUCACCUGGGCCCAGGUGUUUGGAACCCUGGAAAAAGCUAAGGAGAAGUAUGCACUGGAAGAUUACUCUGUAAGUCAGAUCUCUCUGGAACAGGUGUUCAUGAGCUUUGCUCGAUUCCAGCACUGCACAGAAGAUGGUCGAAAAGUAGCUCUGUCAUAAGUCAUCUUUAAAUGGAGAUGGAAUUAAUUUGCACCAAGCAGUGAACCCAUCACUGCACAGACUGUGGGCACAAGCAACAGGGAAUGUCUUGAACUAUUUUUUUUUUAUUUUAAAUAACUGGGAACAGGAAGGAUCACAAGAGAUGCUCUUUUUCCAUGACUUGUCAGAUUUUUCUGCUUUAUAACCUCAUCAUCCGUCCCAGUGGAUUUUCACUGCAGAAUUUCAGGGAUGUUAGUCAAUAUUUGUUAAUGUAUUUACCUCCAUGGAUCCAGGUUACUUACCUUGAAAACAGUCUGCAGAAAAAAAAAAAACUAUACAUUGUGCACGUAAAAAGUGAAUGGAAAUAAAUUACUGGAUUUUCAUGUGUGAUGAGGAAGGGGAGGCAUAGUAGGCACCACCUCAUUUAAAAGAUGCAUUGCAUAAAAAAUGGCAUUUCCUUCAACUGUACUGUGUAAAUCAGAAAGCUGCUCAUAGUAGGAUGAAUAAAAAUAAGAGAUAAAAAGCUGACUGUUAUGGAGGACAGUGAAGUAAAAGAUGGUUUCAGGGAACAGAAUCGCUGUAGUUAAAUGUUACAAAAUGCAACCGUGUUACUCUGUCAGCACCUUAGCCUCCCACCUGCAUUGUUCUGGUUGGUACUUCAGCUUCUUAAAUGAUUUCAAUGUUUCCCUUUUGGUGUGCAGUGCUAACAGUCAGUUUAGCAAAGCAUCAGCUCAAGUAAGGGGAUUGGCAAGUACCUGGUCAGUUAUAGUCUGUAUGUAUGAAAUGUCAGGCAUAACUAGUAAUAGUGCCAGUUUUGUUACUGUCAAAACAGAGAUGCAUCUCUCACACAGUGUUUUUAAACAAUAGACCAUUCUAAUCAUGUUAAAUCAGUCAUCUCACACUAGAACAGUCUGCAUUUCUGAUGUCAGAUUUCUUUUUCUUUUCAGCGGGUGUAAUUGUAUAAUUUGUUCAGCUUCAGGGCCAGCAUCUUCUGAGUAGUGUAGCUUGUGUACUCAUUUUCUAUUUGACACUUGCAAUUUUUGAAUGUGAUGCCAUUCAGGACAUGUACCUUUUACUUUGUGUCAGAUUAAAAUCAUGCUUUUAGUACAAAUUUAUAAUCUUAAUCUUGGCAAACUCACUUUGCUUGUUCUCAGAUCUGUAAUUCCACUGCGUCGGUGCUUAGUGAUGUUAAGUAGAUCAGAUCAGCGCCAAGUAAUAGGCCCUUGAAAUGUGGUUAGAACAACCAUUGGAGUAGGCUUUGUUUCAUCUGCUAGCUUAGUCAACUCCAUUUUCAUGGAGAGUUAAUCUCCCCUUGCUUGUUCUAGCAAUUGACAAUGCCCUCCAAGCCAGUUAAUUGGCAAAAAAAAAAAAAAACUUUUCAGUACAUGUUAUUCACUCUUUGCUGUGAGAGAGUUGAUUCUACUUUUAGAGAGUAUGAGUAGUCCAACUAAUAUAAAAAAAUAACUAUGUUAUAAACUGAAUUAGAGAUUUCUGGGGCUGUUCAUUCAUUUAAAAAAUAUAUUCCAGGAGUGUGGAAUGUAUAUCCCUGUUGUGACGUGUCCUUUAAUCUGAAAAUUAUAAGAAAACGAAGGUAAUGUGUAGUGAGUAGCAGAGUGCAUUACGUCUGUGUAUACUCUGUACUGCUGAAGUAUAAAAUUUUUUGUUUAAAACUUUUUCCCAGAAUGCCUAAAAGGAAGUGUAUUCAGUAGCAUAAUGGAGAGAAUUAAUUUCUGGCUCUUUCGAUAAGCACUGUUUGAGCUAUAUAAACCUUCUCUGGCACUAUACUGCAUUGGGUUAGGGCUGUGAGCUGCUACCAGGCUACAUCCUAAAGUCUUGGUUUUUGCUUUCAUCAUUAUUCAGCUGCAAAAUUUGCAAAGCUUGAAAAGUUGGUUAACCUCAGUAGUGCCCUUCCAUUAUUUCUGAAAGUAAGCACUUGGUACUCAAUGGGUUUUAUCUGGGUAACAAAACAAGUAAAUGAAUUGAGUCAUGUAUUUUGUGCUUUGCAGUAAACGGUGUUUUCUGCAGCUGCUUGUCCAAUCCUUUUUUUUCCCCAGAACACUAGGACAGAUGAUAUCUGUAGAUUGGUUACAUACAGAAAGAUAACCUGCCAUGCUUGGACACAUGAUGCAUGUCUCAGUUUUGACACAUUUUAUGAUCCUGUGUGAUUAUGUAAACUAUGAAAUGGGAAAGUCCAGCAAUUUCAUACUGAAGGAUGCCAUUUUAAGCACACCUUUAAUAUUAAUAAAAUUACAGUAUUGUUUGUGUUAUCUUCCUUCAGAACAGCCUUUUAAAUCACAUUAUUAGACUGGUUAAGUUAAUAUUUUAGAUUAGAUCCCAGAUUCUCCCUUGAAUCCAUUUUACGACUAUUUGAACAUUUAUUUUGCUUUGUUUUGUAAAUUUCAAAAACUGCACUUUUGAGUUCUGAUCCAUGUUUCCCAUUAUUUUAAAAUCACCAUUUUAGUAUGCAGUGAUUUUUAAAGUGUUUCACCACAUAUGUAGUUUGCACUAUUCCUUACAAGAUACAACAGUGUGCUUCAUUGCAGCUGUUUUAUAUUUCAGUGGCAACAUGUUCCACAAGUGGUUGUUACUGUUUACAAUGAAAAAUAUUUCUGGUUGCACACUAA